AUGUUUCGAUUCAAUUUCCGUCGUGAAAUCUUGAAAUCUACCGGGAUUUUUCGCCGGAACAUACACAGCGAUCUCGAAGAUGCUGGGCCGAUGGCAUCUCGGCUUAAAUCCCGUUCAGUUGUCCGGUUUAGCGGACCGGAUACGGUUAAAUUUCUUCAGGGUUUGUUAACAAACGAUGUACGGAGGUUCGGUGAAUCUUCCGGCAAGAAAAGCUCGGCGAUUCCUACGCCUAACAUGGCUUCCGUUUCGACGCCGCCUAUGUAUGCGGCGUUGUUAACUCCUCAAGGAAGGUUUCUGUACGAUUUCUUCUUGUAUAGCAAUUCGCGACCCGAGGAGAAACUCGAUCGGACUGGUUCAGGACCCGGGUCGGAUUCGGGUCGUGAUGGGUCGGUUGAGUUGUUUGCAGAUGUUGAUGUCUCUGUCCUUGAUGAAUUGCUUGAAACACUCAAAAAAUAUCGAUUGAGGUCUAAAGUGGAUAUCGAAAACGUUGCAGACGAAUUCUCGUGUUGGCAGCGUUACGGUAUGAAUCUUUCGGGGUCUUCAUCUGUUGGUUGGGGCGGUGGCACUGAUCGUGCUGGUGAAACUACAGCUAGUGGUAAUAAGUGUGGAUGUCAAUGGUACAAGGAUCCGAGGUUGGAUUGUCUUGGUUAUCGAGGCAUAUUUCCUUCUGAUGCAACCCCGCCUUUAGUUGAGGCGGAUAAAGAAACAGAUGAAAGUAAUUAUCUUUUAUGGAGAUUAGAGCAUGGAGUUGCUGAAGGAUCAGCUGAAAUCCCUAAAGGCGAAGCAAUUCCGCUUGAAUAUAAUCUUGUUGGUCUUAAUGCAAUAAGCUUUGACAAAGGCUGCUAUGUUGGUCAAGAGCUUAUAGCUCGUACUCACCACCGAGGUGUCAUCCGGAAACGCUUAAUCCCUUUACGAUUCAUUGAUAGCAAUGGAAAAGAGGUAAAUCAGAAAGUUGCGGCUGGUGCGGAAGUGGUUGAAUCAGGAACCGGUAAGAAAUUGGGGACGGUUUCAACAGCUUUGGGUAGCCGGGGAAUGGGUGUUUUGCGGGUAGAGGAAGCCUUUAAGGCAUCAACUGAGUUGACAGUAAAGGGCUCAGAGGACGUGAAAAUAGAGGUAAUCAGACCGAUGUGGUGGCCAGGCCAGUGGUUCCAGCAGAAUCAAUCAGAGACAGCCUCUGCGUAG